AUGACUGCCACUGUGUAUGGUGUCCCCCGCUCGCAGGCCCACCCACGGGCAUGGGAAGAGACUGAGGCAAUCCUUCGCCCGCUCACGGAGGAGCUGGUAAUGGGUAGACAUGGCCCGCGGGUGAUUGGGGGUGACUUUAACCGCCCGGCCGGCAGCAGCAGGGAGCUAGCCAUUUGGCGUGACCAUGGUUGGCAGGAAAUUCAAGAUUUGGCCCUGGCGCGUUGGGGGAAGGCGGUGGAAAUGACCUGCAAGCAUGCCACCCGUCACGACUUCCUUUGGCUUUCGCCGGAAGCUGCUGCUUUGUGCUCAGGCUCAGAGGUGCAUCACUCGUUCGUUGACCACGUGGUGCUGGAAGCAAAGUUGCAUGUGCCUUCGUCUGCGUGUCGCAUCUUCACCUGGCCCAGACCAUCCACCAUCCCAUGGGAUGACACGCAAGUUGACCUCUGGCACCAAACAGUUUCCCCACUUGUGGCGGGUCCAAGCGAAGGGUUGCCGGUUCAAUGCAAGGGCCGUGCCACUCGCAUUGAGCCUAGCACCAGGGAGGUGUGUCCCGGGGUUCUGCGGGCCAGCCGGCCGGGGGAGGCUGUCAUCGCCAAUGACUUGCUGGGACGUGAAGUCAAGCGUUGGUUUCAGCGACUGCGCAGGUUACAGAGCCUCAAGCAUGCCCUCGGUGUCGGUAAGCAGACGGACCAGGCGAGGCAAUACCGCUCCCAACUCUGGCGCUCAGUCUUGAAUGCAAAAGGCUUCGCGCCUACAUUCGCAGACUGGUGGCCAAGACGUGUGGUCAGACUUCAUGGGGCCCCGCAAGUGAUGCAGGAAAUGCCUAAUGCGGCCCAGGCUGCUAUCAUUUACGAUGAUUUCCAUAGCAACUAUCGGAAGUUGGAAUCAUGGCACUUGCGCAAGCGCAGCUCUGUCCUCCAGUCAAAGUAUGCCGAAUCCUCCAGGGUUCUUUUCGCAGCCUUUGUCCGGCCAGACCACCUGUGCUCGAGACGAUUGUCCGGCACCAUGCCUACGAAGUCCUGGGGGUUGAGGGUGCCUUGUGCAGUGUUCCCGCCGGGGAAAUCUGCCUUAUCCAGGUGGAACCAACAUGUGGAGAUCCGGCCCGAACAUUGGGAUCGCAUCCAGCAGUGGCUCUGCACCGUGCGCAAGCUCAAAAAGACUGCAGCCCGUGGACCGGAUGCCUAUGCUCGCCUUGACCUUCUCAACAUGGUAGAGGUCGCAUGCCUGCGAGGGGUCCCCCUGGCCGGAGGAAUGGCGGACGUGGUGAAGGCCUUUAAUGGCCUGCCAAGGGUUCCACUGCUCCGAGCGGCAGCCAGACUCGGCUUCCCGCAAUGCGUGCUCAAGCCAUGGGUCUCGUUCAUCUCCCUGGUCAAGCGACGCUUCCUGAUGGGUGAAGCAGUUAGUGAGGCAGUUGCUUCAACGUCGGGCUUCAUUGAGGGAGACCCCCUCUCGGUCACGGCCAUGAGUGUGGCUUCCAUCCUCUACCACCAGUAUAUGCACUUCUUUGAGCCUCGUGUGCAGCAUGCUUCCUAUGUGGAUAAUCUUGCAGUCACAGCAGAGUCAGUUUACCUUGCGGCACGUGGCUUUUGUGUCAUGGAAAGCUUUUGGGAGAUCCUGGGCUUACAGCUUGAUAACGAGAAGUCCUACUUCUGGGCGACGACCGCCCAGGACCGCAAGUUGCUGGUUUCGCUGGGGCUCACCGUCGCAGAGCACAGGCGUGAACUUGGUGGUUACCUGACUUUCGGCCCCAGGCACCGUGUUGCAGACAUGGCGCAACGGCUGGAGCUGUUGACCCCUAUAUGGCCCGUGCUACGUCGGUCCCGUGCGCCUGCGCGGCAGAAGUGGGCAGCCGUCACCACAAAGUUCUGGCCCAUGGUAUUCCAUGGUGCGGCAUCGUGCUGGCUAUCGGACACCGCCGUGGACAAACUGCGAGCUAAGAUGGCCUGGGCACUGGGAUGGACAUGCGCAGGCGCAGGGCCGGAUCUCCGCGCACUGACUGAGGGGCCGAUGGAAUUGGACCCGGCAUUCUUCCAGAUAUGGACAUGCAUGCGUGACUUCCAACGCCUUGCCUCUAAAAGCUCUACCUUACAACAGCUCUGGGUUGAGUUUAUGGGUGACUUUCAUGGUCGUAGUCUUGCAGGUCCGUUUUCCACCUUGCAUCACCAUGCAGAAGCGUUGAACUGGGGCUUCUUGGAGCCGCCUCAGGUUACGGACCAUCGCGGUUCCUCCCACGACUUCCUCACCUUGCCAAAGCGCUCCUUGCGUCGCUUGCUUGAAGAUGCGUGGGCACAGAAAGUCAUGCGGAGGCAAGCUAGCAGGGCAGCCCUUCGGGACAUGGGCGACUUGGAUAUCCAGUUGGCCCGCGAGCUUGGUCCGCAGCACAAUGCGCAACAGCGGGCCUGGCUGGGAAUGGUCCGGGCUGGUGCCGCCAUCACUGCCUCGCAACAGGCCUGCUUUGACUUAAGCAAGACAGACUGUUGUUUGCACUGCCAAGUUCCUGAUACCAGGGAGCAUCGUCUAUUUGAUUGCCCGCUCUUUCAGGGCGGGGGACUGGUGCGGGACGCAGGCGACAACAGACCGCUCACGGAAUUGCUUCUUCCUUGCUGGCAUCCUGAACUGGGUGGACAUUUGCGCGACCUUGUGGGGCUCCCAGACAUGGGAUGGCAAUGGACGAGGCCCCCAAACGAGCUCCCACAUGUAGACAUUUUCACUGAUGGCUCAUGUAUGUAUGGAGCUGAGGACUACCUGGCCUUGGGUGCGUGGGCAGCGGUCUGUGCACAGAUGAGUUUGGUGGUGGCUAGUGGCCUGAUGGUUGGUCUGUGUCAAACCAUUGAUCGCUGUGAGCUCUUUGCCAUUCUUGUGGCUUUGCGGUGGACAGCAGAUGUAGGAUGCGGGCUCACCAUUUGGACUGACUCCAAGUUCGCUUUCGAAGGCCUUCUGGCACUCCUGCAUGGUGAGACGUGUGCAGGACUUGGGCAUCAGGACCUAUGGCGAGAGAUUGAAGCACUCAUACCGGCUUGCAGAGCGGUGUAUGCGCAGUGGGUCCCGUCUCAUGUAGACCCAGGUAACUGUGAUGACCCGGUGGCUGCGUAUGCAGCUCAGUGGAAUCAGGUGGCCGACCGCCAAGCUGGUCUCAUGAACCACAUGAGGGCAAAGAGUUUUUUGGGAAGGCACGCUAGGAUACUGCAGCAUCGACAAAACCGUCGUAGAAGAAUGCGUGCGCUUGCAGCGCAGUACGUCAAGGUUGCCGAGGCCACGAAUGUGGCAAGGAGGCACACCGGGGAUCAUGAGGAUGUUCCACUCGCCGAGCUUGUACAGUGUGAGGCUCACAUGAGGGAUGGCUUUGCAGAUUUGUUCCCGCCCAACUGGUUUCAUUUUAUCAAGUGUAGUGGUGGUUUUGGACAAGUUGAGGCAAGGGACAUCGUUCAGAGGCUGCUGACCAGUGAUGAGGAGGUUGCCCCUAGGUUUUGGGUCUCUUGGAUUGAGCUGGUUUUUCUGGUGGUUAUGGUGUUUGGUUGCGGCGAUCAGUACCGGGGGCGAACCUUGUCAUACUGGGUUUCCUGCGUCCGACAAGUUUUGCGACCACUCCUGAUUAGGUUCGGGGCCAGAGGCUGGUUGGCCCGUGGGGCUAUUUGUGGGGUUUGCUUUGCGGUUGAGACCGUUCUGGUUGGGGUUUCUAGUGAGGACUUUGCUAUUUCUAGAAACCUUUUCCAGGAGUGGCGUGCUGGUCGAGUUAUCAAAAAGAUAGCUGACCUGUCCAGGCCAUUGCGGCCAUGA